GGGGUCUGGGAUGCAGACCCAUUCAGCCUCCUGUUUGGAGAACAGGGAAGGGCACUGAAGGCAAGUCCUGCCCAGGGAAGUAGAUGUGCUCCACUGUAUGCACCGGGCUCCAGCCCUCCAGGAGCCAAACUCUGUACCCUUCUGGGCUGGGCUGCAGCUUUCCCUAGGCUGGCUCUGCUCCCCAAAGACCCCCUGUCCUGGGGCUCAGCCCUCAGCCUGACAGAUGAGUGCUGACGUCCCCACUCCCUGAGCCCUCGGCCAAUGACACCCCAUCACACCGCUGUGUGGACCCCGGGAGACCUGACCGACUCUGCUGCACCCCCGCGGCAGCCUGCAGGCAAUGGGGGCGGAGACCGUGCCAGGCGCCCCUCAUUCGGCCGCACACCUGCGUCUCCACUCCGGGCUCCUCCGCGCCGCCGCCCAUCCUUGCCCUGCUCGUGUGGUGCCACCGAUGUCACCGGCCACCAUUCCAUCCAUGAGUUACGGGAGCUGCGGGUAUUGCUGAGCGGCUCCCGAGCGCGCAAGGCCGGUCGCCAUGGUGCCAGGGCCAGCCCACUAGCAGGCUGUCAUGUCCCGAGAGGCAGGCUCGUGCCGCCUGGGCCCCGGCGCGCGGGCCCGGGCGCGGAAGCCCAAGAAGCCGCACUACAUCCCGCGGCCCUGGGGCAAACCGUACAACUAUAAGUGCUUUCAGUGCCCCUUCACCUGCCUGGAGAAGUCGCAUCUCUACAACCACAUGAAGUACAGCCUCUGCAAGGACUCCCUCUCACUCCUGCUGGACCACGCCCCGGCUGCGCCCCGGCCACGUGCACCCACCCCGGACUGCGCCUCCGACCCCACACACCCCGGCAGCCGGCCACGAGGAGCGCGGCUCCUGGAUGCUCCUGCCACACCCGACCUCAUUGUCUCCGAUGUCCUUUCCCUGCGCCGCCGUGGUGGGGGCCCCAGGCCAAGGGCUGAGGGGUCCCCAGGGACACCACCCCCUGAGGUCAGGGACACUCCAAAGAGUGUGGGCCUCAGUGGUCUCCUGGCCGAGUCGUGGAAGCCAGGGCCGGGUGAGGGAUCAAGGAGCGCGGCCAUGGUGGACACGGCUGCUGGGGGCCCUGAGAGCAGCGUCCCCUGCUACCCACCCCCCACCCCCAGUGAGUUCCCGGAGGCCCAGAGCCUCCACCUGUCCCUGCUGGGUGUCAACUACCCUCUUGGCCCUGGCCUCUUUUCCUACCUGGGGCCCUCCCUGGCUGCUGCAGCCCACAUGCCCUUCCUGGCCUCAGCCAGCCCCCUGCUGCCCCCAGCCGCUGCCUUCCCUGCCCCACAGCCCCCGGAGCGCCCAGCCCUGGUCCCUCGCCUGUACUACCCCCUGCUCCUCGAGCACACCCUGGGGCUGCCGGCGGGCAAGACUGCCCUGGCCAAGCCCCCUGCCCCCCACAAAGGGCCCCCCGGGACUCUGGCCCCUAUGUUGCUGAAGGCACCGAUACCUGGGCUGGGUGGGUCCUGGCCUGGUGGUGCUCUCAGGGGCCCAGGGCAGGAGGGGGAGCUGGAGAGAGCUGCCCAGAGUGACCCCAAGAGGAAACUGCCCUUGGGAGGCAGGCCGGAGCCCCCGAAGGCCCCCUGCAGCAGGCUGAAGUUCAAUUCCCACAGCAGUCUGCAGGCUGGCCCCUCCAUCAUGCUCUGGCCCGAGGACAAGGAGCCAGGUGACCUCAAGAACCCUGGCCCUGAGACCCCUCUCCCCCAGCAACCGCUGGGCCUCGUGCUGGGGGGCCCUGGGCAUGUGGGUGAGGACCUGACUCUGGCCCUUGGCGACUGUGCCAGGGCAGAGCAGCGCCUGGGCCAGUUGGCGCCUACUGGGGGCCUGGCCCCACGGCCUCUGAGGGAGCAGUUGGGGAAGAUCCGCCGGGAGCUGCUCACCAUCCACCAGGCACUGGAGCGGGCCGCAUGGCCACCUGACACACCCCUUGACCUCUCUGUGAAACGGGCAUCCACCAAGGUGCCUGGGGGACAGCCAGAGCUGGGUCCCACGCUGGCCCAGGGGACCCCUGAGCCACCCAGCACGCUGGCCACCCAGCCUCUGUCUGGCCAUACCACCAAGUGCGAGGCUGACUCCAGCGUCCCCCCCCCCCGGUCUCCCCUCUCCGCCCCAGAGGACCCUGUCAUUCCUGGCAGCUGGGGUACCCGUAUCGGGGCCAGGGGCUCCUGGCCCUCCGAGGCUGUCCCUGGCCUGCAGAGCCCCCCAGGUGCUGAGGUCUGACCACAGCUCCUGCUGCCACCUCUGUCUUUAAGGGACAGGGGCCCUUCUAACCCUGUGCCCACCACCUGGCCCCAUUACCUGUCCCAGCAUGCCCAUGGACAGACCCCCACCUGCUGUGACCUUGCCUGUCUGGGGCCACACAGGCACAGAAGAGAGUCACAGCUCUUUACUGAUCACAGUGUGGAUAUUAAAAUAGAAACCACCU